AUGAGGAGUGUCCUGGUGUUUGUCUGCCUGGUGGGAAUGGCGUGCACCUUCUCGGUCAAGAACUGGCUGCGGCAACCCAAGCUGGAUGACUCAGAAGAGAAUGCGGUUUUCAAGAGCCGGCACCGGCAUUACCUGUACAGAUACAUCUACGUGUAUCCCUCACAGCGACGGUACCAGGGUAGUGACUCAUCUGAGGAAGAGGGGGAUGGCUCGGAGGAGGAGGAAGAGGGGGGGCCAUUUUAUGCUGGAACCAAGGCAGCUGGACACCCUGCUGGAGCAGCCCCUGAGGACUGUCAAGCUGCACUGGGAGGAGACAUCCCAUCCCCCCAGCAGGGCAAGGACUGCCAAAGGAUCAGGCAGAGAACUGCCAGCAAGGGGGAAGACUCUGAAAAUGAAGACAGUGAUGAGAAUGAGGAGGAAGAGGAGGAAGAAGAAGUAGAUGAGAAUGAGAACGGUGUCAAUGGCACAAGCACCAAUACCACAGAGAGUAUUGGACCUCAUGGCAAUGGCACUGCGGUGGCUGAGGAGGGCACUGGUGAAGCUGAGGAAGAGGAGGAAGAGGAGGAGGAAGAAGAAGAGGAAGAAGAGGAGGAGGAAGAAGCUGAAGCUACCACCAUUGCAAGCACCACCAACGAAGAGGGUCUGAUACAGGCGACCACUAUGGAUGAUGUGGGACCCACAGAUGUCACCACAGAUGCCACCACAGCUGGGGAGCUGUGGGAGUAUGAUGUGACAGCCAGGGACCACGGCCGGGGGGACGAGGGCACCACUGAGGGUGGGUACGAGGAACAGGAUGAGUACGCACGUGGGGACAGCUACCGCGCCUAUGAGGAUGAGUACGGCUACUACAAAGGGCACGGGUACGACGUGUACGGCCAGGAUUACUACUACAGCCAGUGA